AUGCAACACCAAUAUCAUAAUUCGCUAGUUUUGAUUGUGUUAUUGAUUAUUGGAUCGUCCAUCUCGAAAACUGUUGAUGAAAUCUUUGUCGAUGAACUCAUGCGCAACUAUGAUGCUAGCGAAGCGAUUGUUCCAGGAGCAGCAGUGAUUAUCAUUUGCAAUGGGAAACAGAUUUUUCGUCAAUCUUACGGAUUUGCUGAUAUCGAGACAGACAUCGAAACAACGCCAGUAACGAAUUUUCGCCUAGCGUCAUUGACGAAACAGUUCACGGCUGCAGCGGUGUUAUUACUUGCCGAAGAACAGAGUGGAAUACUCCAGUUGGACGAUUUAAUACGUAGAAAAUGGUUCCCAACGCUUCCUCUAGCGACAGAUGCGAUCACGAUUCGCCAUCUCCUCACACAUACAUCAGGUCUAAUUGAUUAUGAAGAAGUUCUUGUUCCUGAUACUGAUUUAAACAAUCAAUUGCAUGAUUCAGAUGUUUUGGAUAUUCUUAUUGCAGAAAAUCGCACACAUUUCUCACCUGCAGGUAGUCGCUAUCGGUACAGUAACAGUGGUUAUGCCCUAUUGGCACUCAUUGUUGAACAAGCCUCUGGAAAACGUUUCGCAGAUUUUCUGUACGAACGAAUCUUUCAACCACUUGAAAUGCAUGGCACAAUUGCAUUCGAGAAUGGUAUCUCCACUGUUAUGCAUCGUGCAUUUGGCUACAGUGGUAAUUCAUCGUCAUGGGCACGAACUGAUCAGGAUCAAACAAGUGCUGUUCUAGGUGAUGGUGGUAUAUAUUCGUCGAUCGAUGACCUACUCAAGUGGGAUGCAGCUCUUUAUGAUAAUCGUUUGUUAAGCUCAGAAUCAUUACGACUAGCGUUUACGCCAGCAACGAUGACGGAUGAACCUGGCAUUCAGUAUGGUAUGGGUUGGAAAAUCACUGGAGACAUGGGGACAGAGUGUACUUUGUCAAAUGGGCGACUUCAAUUCCGCGCGUACAGUAACCCAAUAACGAACUUAUCACUUGAUGCAUUCUUUGUCGUUGAUACAUCAAGUACCAAUCUGAACUUGGUUGAAUUUGGUCAAAUGAAAAGUGUACUACGUGAUAUAAUGGAUGAUUUAACAUUGGGCUCUGUUCGACUCGCUAUUUUAUUCUAUGGUUCUAAGACCGCAGUAGAUAUUGUUCACACGCCGACAAAUGAAACGGAGUCGAUUGGACGUAUUAAGACAAAAAUUCAGCAAAAGCAGUUUCGUCGAAAAAACAUGCAGAAUCCUUCAACGCUUAAUAUGGCUCUCGCCGAAGUGGAACGAAUAUGUAACAAAUCUUGCCGCCAUAUUUUCAUUCCACACGUGACUCUGCUACUCACGAGUGCUAAGCAGCCAGAGGUCUACAAAAUUCAAAGUAGACGACUAGAUUUAGUCUUGCGAAUGACAGUGAUCACAGUUGGUAUUGGCAAUCAAGUCAAUCGCACAGCUUUGUCCUUUGUCGCGUCAGAGUCGUUUACAUAUGCCAUUUCUCUUGACAGUUUCACAUCGUUGAUUAUUAGUGCACAACACAUAAGUUCACUAGUUUCAUCUGUUGCACCUGCUCUUUACUAUAAGGAUUCGUAUCCUGCUAAAAUACUAUGGCAGCAACGAUCUGCAUUUGUACAAUACUAUUUAGUACGUUGUAACUCACCCGACAGAUCACAUCGUCAUACUCAGUUUUGA